GUUUGAGCCGCGUGCUUACUCUUCUUCCCCUCUCUCGUCUCACCUUGUUUGAUUUCUUACUGAGGGGUGCACCUCGAGUUUUUCAUCCUGAUACUCUUUGAUACUGUUGAUGCCCGAGAUGGCCGGAUAUUAAUGACUGGAGCUGGCUUUAUUUGAUUCUGCUGCCAUCUGUGAUAGGCUAUUCAGACGUACUUUUCUUUAUUCACGACCAGUCUUAUUGACCACGGAACCCGCAUCUUAUUCACAGAACCCGCAUCUUAUUCACAGAACCCGCAUCUUAUUCAAAGAAAACCAUACCAUAUGCCAUCAUUUGAACCUCCCCCAGACGCAGUCGAUCCUAGCGGCAAUGGCUCGUCCGAUUCAGGGAACGGCGAGAAUGGAGCCUCUAAUAAUCUGUGGUCGAACACUGCAUCACAAGCACCCUCACCGACCUCAUCUAACGUAGCACCAUCUCAAAGCACAACCAGCGGUGCUAUUAGCAGUCCCAAAGCCAAAUCCAAUUCCAACAGCCACGGCGACGGUGGCUUGAGAACAAACACCAAAAUCGCCAUCGCCAUCCCCGUUGCCGUUGGCGGCGCAGCUCUCAUCGCAGCACUCGUAUUCCUAGUCCUCUACAUGCGCCGACGCAAGCAACGCAGAGCAGCAGGAGAAGCACAUACACCGGUCAAUUCACAAGUACACAUACCAAAAGGACAUGCUCACGGACAAGCAACACCGCGGAUGGAAAUGGCCACUGCCACAGCUCCUGUCCCAGCUGCACCGAACGAUAAUAACUGGACAAUGCCCUCCCAAACACACAACCUGCAACCACCCUUCGACGGUCCCCUCCCACAACAACACAAUUCAACCCCUGUUCUCCCAGAAACGUACCGCUCAAGUGAUCCCGGUAUGGGAAUCGGAUUAGCUCUAACACCCGAGCACCCGGUUCCCUCACCAUCACCACCGUCAGCGGGUGUAGGCGCGGAGUUCCCGCGCGCAAGGUCACCGUUUAAUCAUCCCGAUGAUACGUUAUCGGAUAUUUCGAGGGUUAGUGGACGGCGACGGGGUGUUGAUGGUGACGGUGGUGGUGAUGCGGAUGCGGAUGCGGAUCGGGCGAGUGUUAUUUCUUCUGUUUCGUCGAUUGAUGAGCAUGAGCAUGGACAUGGACAUGGACAUGGUAAUCGGGGAUUUGAUGGGCAUUAAUGCGUUUAGUUUUAGUUUGGUUUUGAGUAAUGGAUGCGUAC